GGAGCGAGGACUGCCGGGCCGCGCCGACCCGGCCUCUGGCCCUGGGUCGUUCCGUUGUCGGCGGCUUCCUGAUCAGAAGUUGAGCAAGUUAUAGCCGAAGCCGCACGGCGGCGGGGGAGGGGUCCCACUGGACGAGGCCUCGACAGGGCCCCCAGCUGCGGUCCUUGCUGCCCUGGCCAUGCAUGUGAGGUGGCUGCCCCAUGCCUGCACCCUCAUCUGUUUGACCACCGCUGCCCUCCUGGGCCACAUCCUGCUUCAUGAUUUCCUAGUGGUCCCUCAAGAGCUGGACAGCUUCUCCCCUGACCUGGGGGAGACUCAACGAGCUGCCCAACAGGGAGCCAGCUGGCCAGGGCCCCGACAAGCCCAGGGGCCUCUAGGAGAUCCUGCAGCAGCACUCCCACAGUGCGAUGUGCCUCCUGACAGCCGCUUCGACUGUGCCCCCGACAAGGCCAUCACCCAGGAGGAGUGUGAUGCCCGUGACUGCUGCUACAUCCCCACAAGGCAGAACCCACGGGGCACCCAGAUGGGGCAGCCCUGGUGCUUCUUCCCAUCCAACUACCCCAGUUACAAGCUGGAGAACCUGAGCUCCUCUGAGAUGGGCUACACGGCCACGCUGACCCGGUCCAGCCCCACCUUCUUCCCAAAGGAUGUGCUGACCUUGCGGCUGGACGUGCGGAUGGAGACGGAAAGCCGCCUCCACUUCACGAUCAAAGAUCCCGCCAAGAGGCGCUACGAGGUGCCCUUGGAGACCCCACGUGUCCACAGCCAAGUGCCGUCCCGGAUCUACAGCAUCGAGUUCUCAGAGGAUCCCUUUGGGGUGAUUGUGCGCCGGAAGCUGGAUGGACGGGUUCUGCUGAACACCACUGUGGCGCCCCUCUUCUUCGCUGACCAGUUCCUGCAGCUCUCCACUUCCCUGCCCUCCCAGUACCUGACGGGGCUGGCUGAGCACCUGGGGCCCCUGAUGCUCAGCCCCAACUGGGCCACAAUCACACUCUGGAACCAGGACAUUGCCCCCAAGCCCGGCGCGAACCUCUACGGGUCCCACCCUUUCUACCUGGCCCUGGAGGAUGGAGGGUUGGCACACGGGGUGUUCCUCCUGAACAGCAAUGCCAUGGAUGUGGUCCUGCAGCCAAGCCCAGCCCUCAGCUGGAGGUCAACAGGCGGGAUCCUGGACGUCUACGUCUUCCUGGGCCCAGACCCCAAGAGCGUGGUGCGGCAGUACCUGGACAUCGUGGGGUACCCGUUCAUGCCGCCAUACUGGGGCCUGGGCUUCCACCUCUGCCGCUGGGGCUACUCCUCCACCGCCAUCACCCGCCAGGUGGUGGCCAACAUGACCCGGGCCCACUUCCCCUUGGAUGUCCAGUGGAAUGAUGUGGACUACAUGGAUGCCCGGAGGGACUUCACCUUCAACAACGACACCUUCAGAGACUUCCCGGCCAUGGUGCGCGAGCUGCACCAGGGCGGGCGGCACUACGUGAUGAUUGUGGAUCCUGGCAUCAGCAGCUCAGGCCCCCCAGGGAGCUAUAGACCCUAUGACGAGGGUCUGCGGAGAGGGGUUUUCAUCACCAAUGAAACUGGGCAGCCGCUGAUCGGAAAGGUGUGGCCUGGAUUCACUGCCUUUCCUGACUUCACCAACCCCGAGACCCUGGACUGGUGGCAGGACAUGGUGGCAGAGUUCCACGCCCAGGUGCCCUUUGACGGCAUGUGGAUUGACAUGAAUGAACCUUCCAACUUUGUGAGGGGCUCUGUGGACAGCUGUCCUAUCAAUGAACUGGAAAGCCCACCCUAUGUGCCAGGUGUGAUUGGUGGUAGUCUCCAGGUGGCCACCAUCUGUGCCUCCAGCCACCAGUUCCUGUCUACACACUACAACCUGCACAACCUCUAUGGUCUAACAGAAGCCAUCGCCUCCCACAGGGCCCUGGUGGAGACUCGAGGGAAACGCCCCUUUGUGAUAUCACGCUCAACUUUUGCUGGCCAUGGCCAGUAUGCUGGCCACUGGACAGGGGACGUGUCGAGCACCUGGGAUCACCUUUCCUACUCAGUACCAGAAAUCCUGCUGUUUAACCUGCUGGGGGUACCCCUGGUUGGGGCUGACAUCUGUGGCUUCCUGGGCAACACAUCAGAGGAGCUGUGUGUGCGCUGGACCCAGCUGGGCGCCUUCUACCCCUUCAUGCGCAACCACAAUGACCUAUACAGCCUGCCCCAGGAGCCCUACAGGUUCAGCGAGCCAGCCCAGCAGGCCAUGAGGAAGGCCUUCACUCUGCGCUACGCGCUGCUACCCUACCUCUACACACUGUUCUACAAGGCCCAUGUCAGCGGGGAGACCGUGGCCCGGCCCCUCUUCCUGGAGUUCCCCGAGGACCUCCGCACCUGGACUGUGGACCGCCAGCUCCUGUGGGGGGCAGCUCUUCUCAUCACCCCAGUGCUUGAGGCUGGGAAGACUGAAGUGACAGGUUACUUCCCCUCAGGCACAUGGUACGACCUGCAGACGGUGGCAGUAGAGGCCCUUGGUAGCCUCCCCACUCCACCUCCAGCAUCCCGCAGGCCAGCCAUCUACAGCCAGGGGCAGUGGGUGACGCUGCCGGCCCCACUGGACACCAUCAACCUCCACCUCCAGGCAGGGCACAUUGUCCCCCUGCAGGGCCCUGGCCUCACAACCACAGAGUCCCGCAAGCAGCCUAUGGCCCUGGUCACGGCCCUGACCGACAGUGGGGAAGCCCAAGGGGAGCUGUUCUGGGAUGAUGGGGAGAGCCUGGGAGUGCUGGAACGUGGGGCCUACACGCUGGUCACCUUCCAGGCCAGGAACAAUACAAUCAUGAAUGAACUGGUGCACGUGAGCACAGAGGGAGCUGGCCUGCAGCUGCAGAAGGUGACAGUCCUGGGGGUGGCCACGGCCCCUCAGCAGGUCCUCUCCAAUGGAGUCCGUGUGUCCAACUUCACCUACAGCCCCAACACUAAGAUUCUGGACGUCCCUGUCUCGCUGUCCAUGGGGGAGCAGUUUCUCAUCAGUUGGUCCUAGCUGGGUGGCAGCAGGGUGACCCUCACGGGGGAGGCUGAUUUCCCCGUGAGGCAGAGCCUAGCACUUUAUGGCACCUAUGUGUCUCCCUUGGGUCCCCUGAGCCUGGCACCUGCUGUCCCCUGAACCUCCUGGGGUUGGGACUUUGGUCUCCUGACACAUCUUUGAAAUGUUCUCCCCAGAUACCAUGGCUGCCCCAGGGGGUGCUCUGUUGCCUGCCCCAGCCUGUCAGUGGCAGGUGUCCCUGGCACCAGAGAUACCAAGGUGGGGAGUGUUGCCUCUGCACCCGAGGUCAUGCCCCGGCCUGCUGUGGCAAAUGCGAGGAUGGUGCUCUGUGGCCCCCACAGCUCCUCAGGGAAAGCUGCCCACUAGGCCAGCCAGAGUGAGCCUUGAGAAUUCACAGGCUUGAGACUUCCUUGAUCUGCUGGAGUGCAGUUAGAUACAGUAAAGAGGCAUUCGGAAUGACGCCUCCGCUGAUCCUUGUGGCUGGGGGUGAGGGGGGUGUGCGUCUAAGGGAAGGCAGCCCCUCAACAAGCCCUGGAUGUUCCCAGGGAUGUCUGUCCUCCACCUCUCAAGCCAGAAUCCUUGAUGUCCCCAUGUCAUGCACAUUGCACCAUGUCCUCAUGUUAUUCCACGUCCCCACCUCACCCCAUGUCCCUAGGUCACACAACCCCAUCUCAUGUCCCUACCUCACCCCACCGCCCCCAAAUUGCCAUGUUACAUCACAUCCCCACCUCUAGCAUCCCAACUUCAUCCCACAUCACCUGCGUCCCUCAUCACCCUGUCCCCAUCUCUGUCAGCCACGUCAUGUCCCCACCACCCCACAUCCUCAACUCACCCAUGCCCCUUUGGGCCUCAUGGCCCCACAUCACCAAUCUAAGCUGACUAAAGGAUGUCCACCUGGGCCUGAUGUCAUAGACAGAAAUGACAGGCCUGCAUGGACCUGAGGACCUCAGUAGGCACCUAGGCAGAGGCAAGACACCUGUCCCCAAGUGAUGUGCUUAGAGAUGGGCUCUGGCCCAGGCUCUGCUAGCAAACCCUGGAAAGGGACAGAGGGCCAUUUUAUUGGGGAGGUAAUUGUGCCAGUCCAAGUCACUGUUAGCUGGCCAGACCCUUCAUCUUACCAGAGUUGAUGGGACUAGAGUAGGGUCCAACCUCCAGUCCCCUGAUAAUGGGCUAUUUUGUCGCCUUCCUGAAAACCAGGAGCAGAGGGCACAAGGACGUGCCCCCACCAGCAUCCCCCGUUUUCAGGGUCAGGUGCACAGGCUAGGCCCAGGUCCUACAAGCCACUUACACUGUCCCAGUGGGCAUGGUCAGUCCCAUGACACCCCAAACUCACCUGUGGGGUGGACAUGGUGGUGAUGGCAAUAGUAGGUAUUGACUCAUGCCUCGUCCUAGUUCCCUGCAGGGCUGAGCAGUAGAGGCAUUUUCAUGAGGCCAGUCCAGCUGGACAGCAUGGAGGGGCAAAGUGGAGCAGGUUUGAGGGGCCCAACCCAUGCUUCCUGGGAAGCCACGUGGAGCAGGUGAUACACAGGAAGAACAUGGGAGCUGCCCUGUGUGGCAGCCUGGGCCUCAGUGCUGAAGGUGUCCUGCCCCUAAUACCUUGCCAGUGAUCAGGGAGGGCUGACAGAGCAUGGUGGCCUCUGCUAGGCCAGACUGGCUAUCUGGGUGCUCAUCUUUUGUGCCAUUGCCCAGCCCAGAAGGGCUGCCGUGGCCUCUGCCUCUCAGGAUCUGUCCUUGGCUGUGGCACCACCACCCUGGGCCUGGCAAGUUCACACACAGCUUCUCACAGGUCUGGAGGCUGCAAUGCCAAGGUCAGGGCAGACACCGUCCCCGGUGAGGGCUGCGCUCCACCCUGUAGAUGGUGCCUGCGGUGGAGGGGGCGAACAAGCUCCCUGCCCUAAUCUCCCCACUGACCCCACCUCUCACCACCACCCCACUAGAGACCAGGUGUCAACACAGGAAAUGGGACACAGCCUCAGCCCCGGCACAGGGUAACAGAACUGGGCAAGGAAUUUGCUUGGUGUGGGACAGUACCCACCAGGGGCAGGGAAAGGAGUCAGCUCCCUCUGCUAAGGAAACGGGGGUCCACCCCCUCAGAUUCCACAUGGCACAGCCACACAUAGGACACCAACACCUCCAGGCAGCAUCGUUUUCCACCCAGUGCAAGGUGCAGUUUAUCAAACACAGGUAAAGACUCCAGCAAUGUGGGCAUGACCACCAGGGAGACAUCCUGGUGCCCAGGGGCACUCCACCUGCCACCCCGUGUCCCAGGUCUCUCGGCUCAGCCCUGGCUCUAUGCUUCUUGACCCCAGUGGCCAAAGUUCCAGGCAACGAGUUAGUGCCUGUGGCUACCUAAUUCCACUUACCUCCCUCCCUAAAAAACCCUUAUGGCAUCACUCUUCACUUCUGCCAAUUCUGCACCCCACCCCCAGCUUCUGGAAACCACUACUUUGCUAUCCAUGGGCUCCACCUGGAAAUUCCAUGUGACUGGAAUCUGAUCACGUGUGGCCUUUUUGGGCUGCUUUCACCUGCUGUUAUUUCCAGGGUUUGUUCAUGUUGUACCAGGUGUCAGCACUUCAUUCCUUUUCAUUCCCAAAUAGUAUUCACUGUAUGGACUGACCGGAACACAUUUUGACCCGUUCCACCAGCUGAUAGACAUUCGGGUUGUGUCCACUUUCCAGCUGUUAUUAUACUGCCAUGAACAUUU